UGACCGCCUCCCCCUGCCCACCGCUGCUUACCCCCUCCCUCCAUAGAGAUACAGAUAUAUAUCUAUAUAUAUAUAUACACACACAUACAUUCACAGAUGAAUAUAUAUAUAUAAAUAUAUAGAGAAGUCAUUUUGGGGGGAGGGGCGGGGAGCUCGGAUCAUGGCCCUGGGGCUCCCGGGGCUGCCGCCGCCGAUCUGCAGCUCGCCUCCGGGGCCCGCCGGCGACCAUGGGGCUGAAGGCGCGGCGCGGAGCGGCGGGCGGUAGCGCGGCCGGCGGGGCGGCGGCGGCGGCGGGGCGGCGAGCGGCGGCCGGCGGCGACCCCGAGCAGGGCUCGCUGGCCCUGGGCACCGGCGGCGACCGCGACGGGACGCUGCUGCUGGAGGGCGGCGGGAAGGAGGAGGGCGGCAAGCGGAGCCCGCCGGGGCUGGGACUGCUGGCGAAGACCCCCUUGAGCCGCCCGGUGAAGCGGAACCACGCCAGGUACCGCCGCAUCCAAACUUUGAUCUACGACGCCCUGGAACGACCCCGCGGCUGGGCGCUGCUCUAUCACGCCUUCGUGUUUCUGAUUGUCUUGGGGUGUUUGAUCUUAGCUGUCUUGACAACUUUCAAGGAGUAUGAAACAGUUUCUGGAGACUGGCUCCUCUUGCUGGAAACUUUUGCCAUUUUCAUCUUUGGAGCAGAGUUUGCCUUAAGAAUCUGGGCUGCUGGCUGUUGCUGCCGCUACAAAGGAUGGAGGGGGAGACUCAAAUUUGCCAGGAAGCCUUUGUGCAUGCUGGAUAUCUUUGUGCUGAUCGCUUCCGUGCCGGUGGUUGCUGUUGGGAACCAGGGCAAUGUUCUGGCUACGUCUCUCAGAAGCCUCCGCUUCCUUCAGAUCCUGCGGAUGCUCCGCAUGGACAGGCGGGGCGGCACCUGGAAACUUUUAGGAUCAGCUAUUUGUGCACACAGCAAAGAACUCAUCACUGCUUGGUACAUAGGAUUCCUGACGCUCAUCUUAUCCUCGUUUCUUGUUUAUCUGGUUGAAAAAGAUGUUCCUGAGAAAGAUGCUAAUGGGGUGGAGAUGAAAGAGGAGUUUGAAACCUAUGCAGAUGCACUGUGGUGGGGGCUGAUCACCCUUGCUACGAUUGGAUACGGCGACAAGACCCCCAAAACAUGGGAGGGACGGCUGAUUGCAGCCACAUUCUCUCUCAUUGGAGUGUCUUUCUUUGCUCUUCCUGCAGGCAUUUUGGGGUCAGGGCUGGCACUGAAGGUCCAGGAGCAGCAUCGUCAAAAACAUUUUGAGAAAAGAAGAAAGCCAGCAGCUGAGCUCAUCCAGGCUGCCUGGAGGUACUAUGCUACUAACCCCAACAGGAUUGAUUUAGUUGCUACCUGGAGGUUUUAUGAGUCAAUUGUAUCAUUUCCAUUUUUCAGGAAAGAGCAAUUGGAUGGUACUGCCAGCCAAAAGCUGGGUCUCUUGGAUCGGGUUCGUGGUACCAAUACUAAAGGAAAGCUAUUUACCCCUCUGAAUGUAGAUGCCAUUGAAGAAAGUCCUUCAAAAGAGCCUAAGAAUGUUGUCUUGAAUAAUAAGGAGCGUUUUCGCACUGCAUUCCGAAUGAAAGCAUACGCUUUUUGGCAAAGCUCAGAAGAUGCAGGAACAGGGGAACCCAUGGCAGAAGACAGAGGUGACAGUAGUGAUUUCCCUAUGGAAGAUAUGAUCCCCACAUUCAAGACAGCCAUCCGAGCUGUCAGAAUACUACAGUUUCGUCUCUAUAAAAAAAAAUUCAAGGAGACUUUGAGGCCUUAUGAUGUAAAGGAUGUGAUAGAGCAAUACUCAGCAGGGCAUCUUGAUAUGCUUUCCAGAAUAAAAUACCUUCAGGCAAGAGUAGAUAUGAUUUUUACACCUGGACCUCCUUCUACUCCCAAGCAUAAGAAAUCCCAAAAGGGAGGAGCUUUUUCUUACCCUUCACAACAGUCUCCCAGAAAUGAACCAUAUGUAGCCAAAGCAUCUACAGCUGAUACUGAAGACCAAAGUAUGAUGGGAAAAUUUGUUAAAGUUGAGAGGCAGGUAAAUGACAUGGGGAAGAAACUGGAUUUUCUUGUUGAUAUGCAUAUGCAUCAUAUGGAACAGCUGCAGAUACAAGUUGCUGAGAUAAGUCCAUUGAAAGAAAGCGCUUCUCCUGCAAGGGAGAAGAGAGAAGAAAACAAAUAUUCUGAAUUAAAAACAAUAAUAUAUAAAUACACUGAGCAGUGUUCUCGUGAAACUCCUUACAGCUUCCAGCAGGUUCCAGUCAACAAAGUCAGCCCCUAUGGUUUCUCGGCACGGGGUCACAUGGCUCACUCACAACCUUUAUCAAUAGGUGGGCAAAACUCUGGCAAACUGCAAGCCACACCUUCCUCAACUUCAUAUGCAGAAAGGCCAACAGUUUUGCCUAUAUUUACAUUAAUGGACUCCCAGGUUAGCUACCACUCCCAAGGAGACCUGCAAAGCCCUUACUCAGAUAAGGUGUCUCCGAGGCAGAGAAGGAGCCUAACGAGAGACAGCGAUACUCCACUGUCCCUGCUCUCCGUCAACCAUGAGGAACUGGAGCGCUCCCCGAGUGGCUUCAGCAUCUCCCAGGAGAGAGACGACUUCCCGUUCGGCCCCAACGGGGGAUCGGCGUGGAUGAGAGAGAAACGCUACCUAGCAGAGGGGGAGACAGACACAGACACAGACCCUUUCACACCGAGUGGCUCCAUGCCUUUGUCCUCCACAGGAGAUGGGAUUUCAGAUUCAAUAUGGACCCCGUCAAACAAGCCAGUUUAA